AUGGAUGUUCAGAAUAACGAGCUGUUUUAUUUCGGCAAGAAAGCAAAUCCGAAACGGGGAGAAACCGUUGCACGGGUCCUGGCAGUCAAGGUUCCUCAGAAGGAAUUGGAAAAGAUUAAUUUCCAGAUUUCAACAGCCGCCACCGAGGAAGAGGCUGCAGUAGUACUAGCACCCGUCCAGAAGGCCGCCGAGGUCCAAGCCAUUACCGAACACGAACAAACCGACGAUAGCGCUUUCGACGACCCGCGAUCUUUCGUCUCAUACAACACGCAUUACGCAGACAAAAAAAAGGUUGAUUUUGAAGUUGCGAAAGUGGCUAGGCUUGCGAAAGCCGCUGAAGCUAGGCGGAGCAUGAUGACUGCGAAGACGAAUAGCAAGCAAAAGGGCAAGGAGAACAUCAAUGAAUUCAAGAAGAACAAGAAGAACAAGGCCAAAAAGUCAGAUGCUGCUUAA